CUACCGUUCGUUCUGGAACGUUGGCGAUAUAAAUUUGCGUCGGCUGGUCGAGUGCCCAUCAAUUGUCUCGUACACGUCUCAGCACGCGGUCGGUUUACCACGGAAGAAAACAAGAUAGUGUCUCGUGAAAUCGUAUACGAUGUAGAACGACCGUUGUUCAUAAAUAAUUUUUUCCACAGUAUACACGUUUUUACUUUAAUUGUAUUUUUUUUUUGUGUUUUUUUUUAAUUCAUAAUAAGUAUAACAGAUAACUUAUCAUACACACGGAUAAGACGUCGAAUAUAAUACACGGUCAUUUACACGUCGGUCAUCCAUUCAACUUGUCCUAGUCGAAUCAUGCCACCUGCAGACAGGUCGCUAACGGCGUUCCGCGUAGCUUUGGCCACGUUAUUACUCACCAACGUCGCAUAUACGUCAAAAAAACAAAAGCGUCAAUUAUUCCAUGAAAAUUUGUUGCCAUACUUUGGAGGUAAAAUACCUGAGUCUGCGUUCCAAGCAGACCGCUUGGCACUAAAUAUGUUGAACAAAGAAGGGAUAUCCGUGCCCGAUGGUAUUCUGUUUGAAGCCCGACCAAAAGAAUCGUUUCACCAAAGUCCGCGGAACGAUCCAGAACUAUCCAACUCAAUACUCAAAAUGAUCCACACACCAGACGGCAGGUAUAUUCCUUCGGAAGGAAAGUACGAUGGUAAUGAUGAAGUGGAGACAACGUAUAAGAUCUCAAUACCCACAUAUAUGCAAAAUUACCAGCUACCGAAGUUUAGGCCGGUAUCAGAAACGUUUCAAAUACCAGUGCGGCAAGUAUUCGAAAGCGGAUUGUCAAUCGCCAACUUGAGAGGACAGCUAGGAAUUCCCUUCAACACUAUACCAAAGGUAAACCGUAUGUAAAAUAAUGUUCAAUUAUCCUGUGUGGUUUUUUUUUAAAUUAUUACUUCCACCUUCCACCGACAUACCUACCUCUCCUUAUUCCAUACAUUUUUAAUAAAGGUUUAAUUUUUUCGAUAUUUCCUUUUCAAUAGGUAUCUUACUCCAAUUAACAGUUAAUAUUGUGAGUUAUAAUCUUUAAGUUAUACUCUUAAACUAUUUGUGAAUGUAUACCUUUUUCAUUUAUUUUACACUCUGCACACUCAA